GACAGAGCUAGAGCUCACUCUAAUAUUAUAGCACAUACAUACAUGCAUAGCAUAGCAUAGGAUAGUACAGAAGCAUAAGAGAAGAGAGCUUAUUUUUCCACUGCUUUUCCACAGUUGCAUAGAAGGUACUAUUCAUUCAGUCUUGUCUUUCCUUUUCCUCAUUCUCUUUUGAGUAGUUAUUACUUAUUCACGGCUACUUUUUCACUGAUUUGGUCUUCGAAAUAAAGAAAGGAAUCUGAGAAGACGUUUUGUAGACCCAAGGAAGCCACGCACAACCAACGGGACAACAAACAGCACACGCGCAGUCCAAGUGCAUUUCAAUCUCCUCUUCUCUUCUCUCCUCUUCUCUGCUCGCCGAUAUCCAAACUGCUUCCACUACAAUCACUCAACUGAGCGGAACGGAAUAGCUAGCUAGCACACAGCACUCAGAAUGAGUUGGGACUCCUACAUCGACACCAUCAUUGGCCACGCCCCCAACGACUGCGACAAGGCGGCGAUUAUAGGCAAGGACGGCUCAGUGUGGACCACGCCCGCGGGGGGCAAGGGCAUCGCCAUCUCGGCCGCAGAAGCCGCCGCACUCGGCAAAGCGGCUCAGACGGGCGAAGUUAGCGCACUCCAGGCUUCCGGCAUCUACCUCGAAGGCGAGAAGUAUCAAUUCCUUAGAGGCGAUGCCACCCUCAUGCUCGGCAAGAAGAAGGACAAGGGCGCCAUCUCCUGCCAGAGCUCCAAGACAGCCGUGGUCAUAGGUCACACCAAGGAGGGCGGCUCCCAGGGCAACGUGAACAAGGGCGUGGCAGUGAUUGCCGAGUACCUGGACUCACUCGGCAUGUAAGCAAGCGGCAACACAAAUGACAACACAAAUGACGUCACAUUUUUGAACAAACAAACAGAAGAAUAGUGCAACUAAACUGAUGCCUCUUUUGGUUCUCAAAGAGAGCUCAUUGGGCGUAAAUAACUGGAACGGUGGCAAAUAGCACACAGGUUUAAAAAAAUAAAGCGCCAUUUAAAAAAAACAACGAUAUACAAAACUGAUUAAGAAGAGCUGAUUGCAAGAAUGAAAUAACCUAUUUUCAGUUCUUUGUCAAAUAGAUCUGAAGAUAAAAUUAGUAGUUGUUCUGUGGCUGAGUGCUAUUUGACUUGAUAUGCCCUCGAGGUGUUACUGACUGUGAAUGCAUCUACGUGCUCAAUUGCUUCUCAUUAACUACUACAACUCUCUUUGAGAUACUUUGAUGGUGCGGCUGAUUUAUGAUUGAUUGGUAAAUUUGAGUCUUUCCAAAUAAAUCAUUGCUUGAAA